UGGCAAAACAUCCUGAGUUGUGGCAGACAAAAAUGUCCCUAACCUACACGUAAUGAAGGCCAUGCAGUCUUUGAAAUCUCGUGGAUAUGUAAAGGAGCAAUUUGCAUGGCGAUACUUUUACUGGUACAUGACUAAUGAGGGCAUCCAGUACAUGCGUGACUAUCUCCACCACCCUCCAGAGAUCGUUCCUGCUACUCUGUGUCGCCAAACACGCUGUGAGACUGCAAGGCCUAAAGGUCCAAUGGAAGAUUGUCCUCGCCUCCGUGAAUCUGACAGAGACAGUUAUAGGCGGGCAACUCCACUUGGAUCGGCCAGGAAGGCUGAAGCUGGUGCAGGGGCAGCCACAGAAUUCCAGUUUAGAGGUGGAUGUACCUCAGUAAUUGUGCACAAAUGCGCCCAGCCUGGGGGAGAAGCGGCGCCCAUGUCGGGGCGGCCCAGCCCGAGGGAGGGGUGGCCUGGCGUGAGGCUGAACGGUACUCACGUGAGGGCGAUCCGGCUCGGGGCUGGAACGGUGGAACGGUGGUCCGAUUUUGCCGUCAGGCAGACGGUACAGAUCUACAAGGACAAAAACGAACAGACUAAAAAACAGUUUUUACCCCACUGCUAUAAAAGCACUAAAUGUAGCCGCCAAGGAACGCAGGGGCGAUACAGACUAAGGGACUGUGGUACACUGUGAAAUCGACAGAAGGAUGGAGGGUUGGGUGUUUAUGCGUGGAGCUAUUUUCGUGAUAUUUAUUUUAGUUGUUUAUCUUUUAAUAUUUUAUCUUGUAUGUAUCGUUAGCUUUUAGAAAUGUUUGAAUGGUGCACUGGCUGGCUGACAUUUUUAAAUUUCGUUGUACAUGGUUCAU